AGCCCCCAGACGCUUGGCCGUUGCCAUGGAGAGGCUUCGGGCCGUUGCCAUGGAGAGCCCCCGGACUCCUGGCCGUUGCCACGGGGUUUCCCCAGGCCCGGGCAUGGCGGAGGAGCCAGCUCCGGCCUCGGGCUCGGGUCCGGGUCCGGAGGCUGAGGACCGCUCCAGGUACACCGUGUUCACCGGCUCCGCGGCUGAGGACGUGGCCUACGCCAAAGUGUUCUGGAGCUCGCUGUCCCUGCAGCCGCCGCUGGAGUCCCGCCUGGUGUCCGGGGACAUCAAACAGCGCCUCAAGGUGGCACAGGCCCCGGGGCACGGCCGCUGCACAGUUCAGUGCUGUCAUUGUCAACCAACCCAGGAAGACAUCAAAUCUAAGCAACUCCUGAUUGAAGCUCACAUGCAGUUGAAAGCAGCUGAAAAGGCAAGGUUAUUAGAGAAGGCCAAGAAACGAGAAGAGAUCUUGGAGUUAAUUAAUAAACAGAGGGAGGAAAGAAUACGGAAAGAACUAUUGGCUCUUCCAUAUAAACCAAAGAGAAUGACAAAAUCUCCACCAAAACCUGCAUGCCCAGAGACCAGCGAUGAGGCUGAGGAGACCUAUCAGAUCUUAAGGCAGUUUGACUGAAUGUUCAGCAAACAUCUCAGAGACAAAGUGAUGUCUAAGUGCAGAUGAACUACUUCCCUGAUUUCAAUAAAUACUAUAUUUUCUUUCA